AUUAAAACAAUUAAAAGAAAUAUAGAAGUAAAUUGAUAAAAUAUUUAGUACCACAUAAACUUCCCGAAUAACAAUACAAUAACAAUCACAUUUUAGUUGAUAACUGGCACUACUUCUCAAAUUGUGCAACCAAUUCCAAAAUACUGGUGAAUAGAUUUAUCCAGGAUCUAAAGAACGAGUUAUGUGGCUUAAAGAUACACGUUUUGCUAUAUAUACAACAAAAUGUCACUCACGCUCUCAAAUUCAUUUGAGAUUUACAAGUGACCAAGAGACAAUUCCAAUAGUAAUCAUGAAAUUUGUUUUAGCAUUUGUGCUGUUGAUCGGUAUUUCUUGCCAAAUUGGACGAGGGGAUUGUGCUCCUGAAACACUGUAUGAAGAAAUGAAAGGAAUGAUGAGUGAUAGUGUGCAGUUUGUUAAAGAUACAUAUCACCAAUACAUGCCGAAUAUACCGGGCAUAAACCCAGUAGAUUUGCCUUCGGUAUCGAUGCCAGACUCAUUGAGCAGUGGAUAUGAUACCGUUAAAGAUGGUUUGGGAGAUAUGGCGGAAGGAGCUGGAGAAAUGGCAAAAGAUACCAUGGACGGUAUCGAAAAAACUAUAGAUUAAGUUUAACGUCAUACUUAGAAACAAAAACAGUAGAUAGAUAUUAAUAAAAAUACAAAAGAUUUCUUUAAUAUAAUAUAAUUUUCUUAUUAUUAGAAAUAUAUAAAUAUGUUUAGUAAUUUGAAAUUUGAACAACUAUAAUUUAUAACUGUAAUACACAUUACAAAUGUUAUACAAUUUAAUCUACAUUUUUCUGUGUCUAAAAUAAAAAGUUCAUAAAUAUUAAUUUCAACACCACAAUUAUAAUUAAUUCAAUAAAUAUUACAUAGUUAAA